AUGGAGCCAUCAGCUCUUGAUUUUAGUCAGGCCUUGAGCUUUGUAACACUAUUUGAAGACGAAAUAUCUCGAUGGGAUGCAGUCACUUCACGCAACACCAAUGCGGAUGGCUUCUUCGUCUAUGCAGUUCGCACUACCAAGAUAUUCUGUCGACCAAUAUGUAAAGCCCGUCUUCCCCGCCGAGCAAACGUCUCAUUCUUCACCAAUGGCUACGAUGCCCAGAAAGCUGGUUUCCGCCCUUGCAAACGCUGUAAGCCCGAAGUAGCAGGGUUCAUGCCAGAGGAAACAGCUGUGCGAAAGAUCCGGGCGUUUGUACAACAACAAACAGAGAAACAGGGCGAUGCGGAAGUCAGGCUGAGCCUCAGUCAGAUGGCGAGGCAGACCGGGUUGUCUAAGUGGCACUUUCAUCGAGUGUUUAAGAAAUGUGUUGGUGUGACACCAACAGAGUAUCUGAGAAAACAAAGACAAGGUCAAGGUGUCCAGAGCUUGCUGGAAAAUGGAGAAACAAGUUGGAUAGACAAACUGGACUUCGAAACUCUGGGCCAAGAAGACUUUGACUUUGCUUCUUGGGAUGAGUCUGUGGUUGGCUCAGGGUAUGCAACUACAGAAACACCAGCAACAACUCUCAGUGGCAGUGGCAGUGGCAGCCCAUGGUCAAUCGAGGAAUUUUUGAUUUGGCCAGAAGAGAACAAAGCGACGCUUGAAUAA